AAACACGGUGCCGUUUUACUCAUUUUGAAGCAAUAAAUUACUACUAAAACCCUUCCGCUUUUUCUCAUAAAACCACUUCUCUCUCUCUCACUCCAAACUUUGUUGGCCAAAGAAAACCAAUGGCAUCUGCCGUCCACCACCUGCUCCGGCCAGCGGCUAAAUUAAAGAUCCCGAAGCAUGAAUAAUGGCAUAUACCUUUUUACUAUUACAGAGAUGUAUGUGAUAUUGGCUUUGCCAGUUUGAUAUAUCUCAGUGAUGGGUUUUAAAUAUAAAGGCAUAGGCUGGUUAGGGGACGUUUAUCAGACGUUUGAAACGCUGUGCCAUGAGGUGGAUAAUAUUGUGAAUCAGGACACUGUCAAAUAUGUUGAAAAUCAGGCACAGAGUGUGGGUAAAAGCAUGAAGAGAUUUUAUUCUGAUGUCAUACAUGAUAUAUUGCCUCCUUUAAAACACGAAAAAGAAAGGGCGGCUUUAAAAAGAAGUGCUACAAUCGAAUCCGAUGUUAAAUCCAUGGCGGCUAUUGAGGAGGAUCACAUAUACACUGUUGAUAAGCUAUUUCAUGUUGAGGCUGUUGCAGUAGAUCCCAUUGAAAUGCAGCUUGGUCAUGCUUCUAAUGAACUUUGCCUUUCAGAUCAACUCUGUACUCCGACAUUUAUUGAUGGGGCAGAGUCAGACAUGAUGCCAGGACAAACUAGCGAUGGUUUGAAGAAUACUUGUUCCGAUGUAAACAUAGAAAAAAAUGGCCUAAUGGAAAAAACAUCUGGGUCUGAUGUUGUAGAGUUGAUAUCUCCUAGUGAGGAAGAAUCCUUUGGGGCUUCAUUGGUGAAUGAAUGUAUUGAUUGUAAAGAUAAAAAUACAUGUGCGGUUGUGGGUGAAGUUUUUCAUACUAUUUCAGUGCAUGAUACAGAGUUUCUAACCCCUGAAAAAGAGGGAACAGUUAAUGGUAGCAUCGCAGUCGAUGUGGUCCAAAAACAGCUUUGUUGUGUUUUUGGUGAGCUUUGCCUUGUAGACCAACCAGGUAAUUCUAAUUCUGUGGAUUCCGUUUUGGGGAAAGAACACGGAACUUCAAAACAAGUCGAUGUUUUGAAAGAUACAAAACCUGAAGUGAAUAUGGAAACUGCCACAAUGGAAAAGUCUUCAGCAUCUGAGGUGUCGGAGUUGAUCUCUCCUGUUGACAAGGAAUUCUGUGGUGCUUCAUUGUUGAGUGAAUUCAUUGAUUGUAAUGAUAAAGAACCAUGGCAGGUUGAAACUGAGGUGUCGCCUGCUACUACAGUUCGUUAUGUGAGAAAGCCCUAUGCAUCUGAUGUUUUGGAGUUGAUCUCUCCUAGCGAGGAAGCAUCUUUUGGAGCAUCGAUGGUUCAUGAGUUUGUUGACUGUAAUGAUAAAAGUGCAUGUGUGGUUUGCACUGAUGUUUGUUGUGCAACUUCAGUUCACGAUGACCAAAACACAAGAACGGUUAAGAAUGACCUUGCAAAUGACUCUGACUGUGUCUCGGAUGCUUCAUCUGGUAUUACUUCUUUGCAAAUGUCUUCUUCAGCCAUACGUUGUCAGGAAAAUAUGGCCGAGGUCAGAGUUGGUUCUUCUUGUGCUUCAAGCAUUAAGGACUUCUGUUUGCCUCAGAAUCCACCAGAAAACUUACCUGCAUACAAACAUCUUUAUCAUGACUCCAUUGAUGCGUUAUCUUCCUUGUUGACCCCACUUUUAUCGAAUGAGAAGAAGUUGACUGGGGCAUUAUCCAUUGUGUCUAGCAAUGAACUGUCCUUGGAAUCACUUGGAUCAAUAGAUGAUUCCAUUGAUGAUGUCAGUAUAUCUUCCAUGUAUACCAUUCAAUUACUUGACGAGGUGAAGCUUGAGGAUAGCUGUGUAAUCGUUGACGGCACUGCACUCUAUGCCGCCUCUCGUAUAAUAAGAAAGCACAGAUCAUACAAGGUAUACGUCGAACAUGGGUGCAGACACUGUACUUCAAGUACACAAAUUGCCUACUACUUUGUUGCGCCGAAAAGGAUCCAGGAUGUUUUAACUUCAAAAAAGAGGUUGGCAAAGGAGUAUGAGCAGCUAGCAAUUUGGUUCGGAGACACGGACACGGGAUUAAACCACGAACGUUUACAAACUGUACGGCCAUCUUGCUCGAGUGCGACCUCAGAGAGCAAAAAUAUACAGACAGAAGUUAGGGCAGGAGCCAGUUAUUCUUCACAAUUAAAGCUUUGAGAGCUCUCUUUUUGAGACAAAAAGGCCAUAGUUUGGGAUGAGGGGAAUGGUUAUUUUGUUCGAGAUUUGAACCUGAACUUGCUAAAUACCUUCUUUUAGGAAUGAUUGUAUGAAUCAACUGGACUUAGUCAUGAGUUCGAUAACUCACCUUUAACUAUGCAUUCAUUCGGGUCUGGUUAAUAUAGGAUGUUGCUACUUGAGGGUUCUUAAAAUUUAUCAUGUAACUUUUUGUUAUAAAAAAUAAA